AUGCUUCCCGUCCCGCCGUCGUUGCCAUUUCCUAGUGUCCUGGAGGUGUGUGGGGCCGUUGAGCCGUCACGCAUGACGGUGGCGACGCGGUGGAAAGUGCGGCCCGCACUCGGGCCGCGACGCGGGCGGUGCCGGGGUGCUUACCCGAGGCGGAGCCGCGUCGUCCUCGUGUUGUGGUCGCUCGGCUUGGGGUCGGCUCGAGUUGUUGGCUCCCGUGCGUCAGCGCUGCACGGGGCAGACGCGGCCAGGUGACACUUUCCUCACUUCCUUUCUUGACUCUGAAAAAACAGCCCCCGCAGUUUGAAGCAGAGACUCAUUUUCAGUGUGCCUGCUGUAGCUGGAACCAGCUUCUCUUUUGGGAUCACAAUGACCAUGGAAGGCAGGGGGACAUUAGAUAUCAUCCCCAGGACUGCCAUGUAUCAGAAGCAGGAGGGGAACUUGACUGUGAAGCAGGAACCAGGAAGCCAGACAUGGGGACAGAAGAACUACCUUCCCGUCUGUGAAAUAUUCCGACUGCACUUCAGGCAGUUGUGCUACCAUGAGAUGUCUGGGCCUCAGCAAGCCCUGAGCCGGCUCAGGGAGCUCUGCCACUGGUGGCUGAUGCCAGAGGUCCACACCAAGGAACAGAUCCUGGAACUGCUGGUGCUGGAGCAGUUCCUGAGCAUCCUGCCCAGGGAGCUUCAGACCUGGGUACAGCUCCAUCACCCUGAGACUGGCGAGGAAGCUGUGGCUAUGGUGGAGGAUUUCCAGAGACACCUUAGUGAGUCAGGGGAGGUCUCACCUCCAGUACAAGAACAGGAUGUGCAUUUAAAGAAGAUGGGAGCACUGAGUGCAGCUGAGCAGUCGCCUACCUCAACCUCCAAUCAGGGCUUGGCCCCUGGUGCACUCUUAGAUCCUCCCUGUGACCCAGGAGCUGGACACGAUCCUGCUUUUCCCAAAGUGGGGAACCCCAGAGCCCAGGCAGUGGCUACUGUGCUUAGGAUGGCCAGGCCUCAGGAGACGGCAGUGAACAAGGACUAUAAGCAAGAAAAGUGGAGUGUCCUGUGUGAGACGGAGGUGGUAAGAGAUGAGCACGGCCUGGCCUCUCUGGGUAAGAACAGGAUAGGAAGUUCUGAGUUCAGUCCAAAGCAGGACAUUUCUAAAGGAUCACAUUCGCUUGACACAUCCUCAGAGGGACUCUUUGGAGUGGCACUGGUGGAAAGAGCGUCUGGUGACAUCUGUAAAGAUCCUUUAGCACAGAGGGAAGAGCAUCCCUCAGAUGAAGAAGGCAGCGGACUAGAAAGUGAUUUCUUGGAGAAGGAAGAUAAAAAUUCUACAGAAGACAGAAAUGAGGAAUGUAAAGAUGUAGGGGUGCAUCCAGAAAUGCCCUCCAGUCCUGUUGAGCAUCAGGGAGAAGCAAAGAGGCAGAAGUCCUAUCAAUGUGAUGAGUGUGGCAAAGUUUUUAGCCAGAGCUCUCGCUUCCUUGGACAUCAGAGAAUCCACGUUGGAGAGAGACCCUUUGAAUGUAACAAGUGUGGGAAGACCUUUCAACAGAUAUCUCAGCUAGUUGUUCACCUCAGAAUACACACUCAGGAAAAACCUUAUGAAUGUUGUGAGUCUGGGAAGACUUACUGUCACAGUUCCCACCUCAUUCAACACCAGAGACUCCGUAAUGGAGACAAGCCUUAUAAAGGAAAUGAAUGUGUAAGAGCGUCCAUUCAGAGUUCCCAGCUCCUGGUCCACAAGAGAACCCACACUGGAGAGAAACCUGAUGAAUCUGGCGAGGCAUUCAUUUGGAAUAAAAGUCUUAUUCAACAUCAGGUCCUUCACAUUAGUAAGAAGCUCUAUGAGUGUAAUGAGUGUGGGAAAGCCUUCUAUACCAACAGAAAUCUUAUUGACCACCAGAGAAUCCACACUGGGGAGAAGCCUUAUGAAUGUAUUGAAUGUGGCAAGUCCUUCAGUCGGAGUAAGUGUCUUACUCGACAUCAGAGCCUCCACACUGGGGAAAAAACAUACAAAUGUAGUGAAUGUGGGAAAGCCUUCCUUCAGAACUCUCAGCUCAUUGACCACAAACGAGUUCAUACUGGUGAAAAGCCUUUUGAAUGUAGUGAAUGUGGUAAGAAAUUCAGUUUAGGUAAAUGCCUUAUUCGGCACCAGAGACUUCACACUGGAGAAAAGCCCUAUAAAUGCAGUGAGUGUGGAAAAUCCUUCAACCAAAACUCUCACCUCAUUAUACACCAGAGAAUUCACACUGGUGAAAAACCUUAUGGAUGUAAUGAGUGUGGGAAGGUCUUUAGUUAUAGUUCUAGCCUUAUGGUUCAUCAGAGAACCCAUACUGGUGAAAAGCCCUAUAAAUGUAAAGAUUGCAUGAAAGCCUUUGGUGACAGUUCACAGCUUAUUGUGCACCAGAGGGUUCACACUGGUGAGAAGCCUUAUGAAUGUGCUGAAUGUGGGAAAGCCUUUAGUCAGCGGUCCACCUUUAAUCACCACCAGCGAAUUCACAAUGUCGCGAAGCCCUCAAGUCGGCUUCAGGCAGUAUCUUAAGGCAUGGUUUCCUGAGACAAAAUAAAGAAUUCUGAGUUAAUUUGUUUAGAAGAAGGAAGUCGGGCAGUGAUCCCAGCAUUUGAGAGGCAGAGGCAGGUAUAUCUCUGAGUUUGAGGCCAGUCUAGUGCACAGAGUGAGUUCUGGGACAGCCAAGGGUACACAGAGAAACCUUGUCUUGAAAAGCCCCCCCCCCAUAGGAUAUUUAUCUUAUUCUCUUUCAAAUGAGUGCUUUCUAUCUGGUAUUCGAUCACAAAGGCAGGAUAAUAAGAACCAUAUAUUUUAUUUACUUCUAGCUUUUUCUUUUUUAAAACUAUCUUAAAAUAUAUCUCAUUAAAAAUAUAUCUCAUUUUUAAACUUUGUGUUCCACAAUUUGUGAUUUUCAAGCACAGAGAUAAUACCUCCUCUACUUCAUUCUAGCCUAUGCAUUUCCUCGUUUAUUUAAAGACUGACUGUAAGACUCUCAUCACUUUUACUUCUUGCCUACAGCUCUCUGCAUUUACUUUGUCCCUGAUACUUUUUAUGUGGAUAGAUGUUUUGCCUACGUGUAUGGACGAGGACCACUUAGGUGCCUUGUAUCUACAGAAGAGGUCAUCAGACUACAGCUGUCAGCCACCCUGUGAUGGUGACAUCCUGAGUCCUCUGGCAGAGCAGCCAGUGCUCUGAACUACUGAGCCAUCUCUCUAAGCCCUCACAUUUGUUUUUUUUUUUUUAAUUUUUAAUUUUAAUUUUUUGGUUUUUUGAGACAGGGUUUCUCUGUGUAGCCCUGGCUGUCCUGGAACUCACUUUGUAGACUAGGCUGGCCUCGAAAUCAGAAAUCCACCUGCCUCUGCCUCCCGAGUGCUGGGAUUAAAGACGUGCGCCACCACGCCCGGCAACAUUUGUUUUUUAAAGGUAGUCUAGUAUUCAGCAUAUCACUUAUGUCCCCUCCCCAGGGAAAAGAAAUCCCUUUUAGUUAUUAGUGUUUCUUCAUAACCUUGAAGAUCCAUCUAAUUUAAGGACUUUUAACUUUUUGUUUAUUUUUAAAUGGAGUGUAUUUGUAUAUGUCUGUACCUGUGAGUGCACUGGUUCUAGAGGACAGGAGAGAACAUUGGAUCCCCUAGAGCUGACAUGGGUACUGGGAAUUGAACCUGGGUCCUCUGCAAUAACCACUGAGCUAUCUCUCCAGCCUCAGGACUUUUUUUCUUUACAUGCUUUUAAACCUCUGUUGAUCUUAUUUAAAUGUUUUGAGUUAGUUGGUGCUAUAUUGGUACAACUAUUGAAUUCCGUUGUAAGAAUUUAUACUUUAACACCAGCUUAUAGGCUCAUUGUGUGUUUAUAUUUUUCAUAGAUAGUUAUAUUGAUUUCUAAGUAAGUUUUACUUCACCCAAAUAAUCCUUAAAUUAGGGACAUACUUUCCCCUCCCCCAAGCUUUUAAGGUUAGAGGUGUGUCUGCAGUGUCACAUACCCUAAACCCACUAAUAUCGUCUUUAUCUAAUAUAACUAUUGGUUUAUUAUCUUUACAAAGCUAAUUUUGUGUGUGUGUGUGUGUAUGUGUGAAACAGAGACAGAGCAUAUUUUUGUAACUGUUCAGUUGUACAAUCAUGCCCCCUCUUAGAUGUGCCUUGUGCUGUACACUGACUUGCUAAACACAUUCUGGCUCUUCAGUGAACAGAUUGAGACCACAGUCAGAAUUUACUACAAAUGCUUGUUGACUCAUGGCUGCACCAGGGUUAUGGACAUAUACUCCCAUGAAUUUCUGUGUGUAUUCUGGAGAUAUGCAUUCAGGUCCUUGUGCCAGAUGGCAAGUACUCUGCUUACUGAGCCAUCUCUCUAGGCCCAGCAUACACACAUUUUCAUGAAAUAAUCUGAAAGAAAAUGUGGGGAAACUUUCUAUUCUAAUAUAUAGUUAUUGGCCCCUAAGGGUACCUAUGAUGUAGAAAAGCAGCCUUCAUCUGGGUGGGGUGGCACAUACCUGUAAACCUAGCAUUUGGGAAGCAGAGACAGAUCUUUGUGAGUCCAAGGUCAACUUGGACUACAUAGCAAGUUCCACGCCAGCCAUGUUUAAUCACUGUCUUCAAAGGAGGUGGGAAGGUAGGUAUGACUUAGGUAUUUUUUUAAAGUUACAUUUUAUGUACAUGUACAGGAAUCCAUGGAGAUUACAAGACAGCUUGUGGGAGUUGGUUCUCUCAACCAAGUAGAUCCUAUAGAUCAAAGUCUGAAGUUGGGUUGCCAGGCUUGGCAACAAGUGCCUUCACCUGCUGAGCCAUAUCACUGGUCUUCAUUUAAUAUUUAAAAACUACCCACUCACAUAGGGAUAUACUGUGGGACACACUAUGACAUACAACAGCUUUCUGUGAUGAGAUGUUUUCUCUGCUUUGUUGUUUGCGUGUAUUGUGUUUUAUUUUGGAUGUGGGGGAGGUUGCAAGGGUGAAGGGUGGGUAUGGGGACAGGGAAAUGAGUAGGACUGAAGUGCAUGAUGUGAAACAACAAAUCAAUAAAACGUUUUUUAAAAUCUA